AUUAACCCCUUUUAAUUACCAAGUGCCCCGCCUUGAUCGACCCGCUUCUUGACUACGGCCACGAGGGACAGAUUCAGUCUGGUGAAUCAGAGGAUCAGUGAUCCUGAUCCAGUCUCACGAUGGCCGAGACCCCUGCAGCCGAAGGUCUAUUGGCCUUUUGGCACUCAUACCGCCUGCCUCUCCUCCUCGCCCUUGCUACUGCUGUCGUCCUCCUGCGAGCUUAUCGAAAGGUUCAGCCCAAGUCGAAGAUCGCCAGUGCAUCCUCCAUCCCGUCCUCGCCUCGCAGCCAUUCCCCCGAAAAAAGCGAAAAGAUCAUUCAUAAUGAGAAGGAGAUCGGAAAGGAAUCCAACGCCCAGGUCGUUGAAGAGUCUGUCGCUGAGAAGGAGUCUGCGAAGCCUGGUCCAAAGCGUGUUACAGGAAAGAAGCCUGCAAAGGUUGCCGGCCGACGCAGAGGAUCCGAUCAAGAACCCGCCGCCUCUUUCAUUCAGCCUAUUAUCUUCUUCGCUUCGUUGACUGGAAACACCGAGAGGUAUGCAAAGGUUUUGCUGGAGGAUUUGCGCGCCGCUGCUGCCGACCGGGCAGAUCCUGAGAAUCGCGAACGAGCCCUUCUCCCCCCUCAGAUUCAUGACCUGUCUUACGUCGACUUUGACGACUACUUUAUCACCGCACCGAAACCCCCCACGACCUCGCCGGGAACGCGCUACGUUUAUUGUAUGCUGGUCCCAACUUACAACAUUGACACCGUCUUGAACACCUUCCUUGGUCACCUCGAUGAAACCCACAAUGACUUCCGGAUCGACACCGCGCCUCUGGCUGGUCUCGCUGGUUAUUCCGUCUUUGGAUUCGGAGAUAAGGAAGGAUGGCCUACCGAAGAGGAAGGGUUCUGCUCGCAGGCUAAAGAACUCGACCGCUGGAUGGCCAAACUCACAGGCAAGAAGAGAGCCUACCCGCUCGGGUUUGCUGAUGUUAAGAGUGAUCCGGAAUCCGCCCUGAAGGAGUGGUCUAGUGGUCUGAAGGACAUUCUCGGUGACAUUGUCGACAGCGGUGGCUUGGGUGAAGGUGUUCCCGGUAGCGGUGAUGCGCUCGAGAGUGACGAGGAGGACCUGGAUGAUGAAUCGGACUCCAAGGCAAACAAGAAACGGAACAAGGGUCAAUCUGUGGUCGACUUGGAGGAUAUCAAGUUCAGCUCCGAGACUGGAUCUAGCGCCCCUGUCCCGGUGGACUUUACCACGGGAGGACAACAACCUGCGCCCGCAACUGAGAAGGAAAUGGUUCCCAAGACCUCGCCUACCUACGCCGCCCUCACGAAGCAAGGAUAUACAAUUGUUGGUUCGCACUCUGGUGUCAAGAUCUGUCGCUGGACCAAGUCCGCCCUGCGCGGUCGAGGCUCAUGCUACAAGUAUUCGUUCUAUGGUAUUCGCUCUCACCUUUGCAUGGAGGCUACUCCUUCGCUUUCCUGCAGCAACAAGUGUAUCUUCUGCUGGCGACAUGGCACCAACCCGGUCGGCACCACCUGGCGCUGGAAGGUGGAUGAUCCGGAGCUCAUCUUCAACGGAGUCAAGGAGGGCCAUUACAAAAAGAUCAAAAUGAUGCGUGGUGUUCCUGGUGUGCGUGCGGAGCGGUUUGCCGAAGCCAUGCGUAUCCGUCACUGCGCUCUCAGCUUGGUCGGCGAGCCAAUCUUCUACCCCCAUAUCAACCGGUUUUUGGACAUGCUGCACAGCGAGCAUAUCUCCAGUUUCCUUGUCUGCAAUGCCCAACAUCCCGACCAACUCGAAACCCUGCACCGUGUGACCCAACUCUAUGUCUCCAUCGACGCGAGCAACCGCGAAAGUCUGCGUAAGAUCGAUCGGCCCCUCCACCGCGACUUCUGGGAGCGCUUCCAGCGCUGUCUCGAUAUUCUGCGGGAGAAGCGUCAUGUCCAGCGGACGGUCUUCCGUCUCACGCUGGUCAAGGGAUUUAAUGUCGAUGACGAGGUGAUUGGAUAUGCAAACCUGGUUGAGAAGGCCUUGCCGUGCUUUGUUGAAAUCAAGGGCGUGACCUAUUGCGGUACGAGCACCAGUGCAGGAGCUGGACUGACAAUGCAGAAUGUUCCUUUCUAUGAGGAGGUUCAGCAAUUUGUUACAUCCCUCAACAAGGAGUUGGAGCGCCGUGGACUGAAGUAUGGCAUCGCCGCCGAACAUGCCCACAGUUGCUGUGCACUCAUCGCAUCGGAGCGUUUCCACGUCAAUGGCAAAUGGCAUUCUCGGAUUGAUUACGAUCGAUUCUUCCAGCUUUUGGAGAAGGAGAAGGCCGACGGCACCUCGUUCACUCCGGAGGAUUACAUGAAAGAAACCGAGGAAUGGGCGAUGUGGGGCAACGGAGGCUUCGACCCGAACGACGAGCGUGUCUAUAAGAAGGGCAGCAAGAAGAAGGCCAUUCAGGCUGCGGCAGAAGCUCAGGGAUGAUUGACCCACGGCAUGCCUCCUAUGGGCUGUAACAAGCCGAUUGAUAAGGAUCCACCUGGUCUUUAAAUAUAGCUUAAACACCGUUCCAGCGAGCCUACAGGUCUGCAAUCCAUUGAUAGGGUUGCUUCACAGACGAUCGCUCCGCUGUCAGCACUGGCAUCAUCAUAAAGAAUGGACGGAACUCAGGCUUCCAGCAGCAGCUUCGUUGCAAGCAACUUCGAUUACUGACAGAACGACGCUCGGAUUGUCAUGACACCUGCAUGCUUGCAUGAUCUCAUAUGACAAGGCUAGUAGAUUUCACUUAUGACUUCUUGUACCUAGUUCAGAUUACUAAAUGACAUACUAUGAACUCUCAUGUUGCUCGUUGGCCAUGUGAACUUCUUAGCUCGUACAGCGG